CCGCUGCCCUGGCAGAACGCGCCACUCCUUCGUCCAGGCAGGACGUGCGCUUGAGCUCAGCCGAGCGAGACCAGCCGUGGCCAGCGGCUCUGGGACUCGGGCAUCCUCCGCCCUUCUCUCCGCCGCUCCCGCACCCGCGUCCUGCGAGCCUCGCACAGCCACCUCUCCCGGCCGACUGCUCCCGCUGCAGAGGCAACAUGCCCAUCCCUCGGAUGCGCAUGAGACCAUGGCUAGAGAUGCAGAUUAAUUCCAACCAGAUCCCCGGGCUGAUCUGGAUUAAUAAAGAGGAGAUGAUCUUCCAGAUCCCGUGGAAGCACGCGGCCAAGCACGGCUGGGACAUCAACAAGGAUGCCUGCCUGUUCCGGAGCUGGGCCAUUCAUACAGGCCGAUACAAGGCAGGAGAAAAGGAACCGGAUCCCAAGACGUGGAAGGCCAACUUUCGCUGUGCCAUGAACUCCCUACCGGACAUAGAGGAAGUGAAGGACCAGAGCAGGAACAAGGGCAGCUCGGCCGUGAGGGUGUACCGGAUGCUGCCACCUCUCACCAGGAACCAGAGGAAAGAGCGAAAGUCCAAGUCUAGCCGAGACGCCAAGGGCAAGGCCAAGAGGAAGUCCUGUGGAGAUUCCAGCCCGGACACCUUCUCUGAUGGACUCAGCAGCUCCACCAUGCCUGAUGACCACAGCGGCUACACUGCUCAAGGCUACAUGGGGCAGGACUCGGAAGUGGAGCAGGCCCUCACUCCAGCACUGUCGCCAUGUGGUUUCCACCCCUGGCCAAUCCCUGCGGACAUCAUGCCAGAUAGCACCAGUGAACUGUACAACCUCCAGGUCUCUCCCAUGCCCUCUACCUCUGAAGCUGCAACAGAUGAGGAUGAAGGAGGGACGUUAACCGAGGACAUUAUGAAGAUGUUGGAACAGUCGGAGUGGCAGCAGACAAGCGUGGAUGGCAAGGGCUACCUGCUUAAUGAGCCUGGGAUCCCGGCUACUGGUUUCUAUGGAGACUUUAGCUGCAAGGAGGAGCCAGAAGUUGACAGCCCUGGAGGGGACAUUGGUCUGAGCCUACAACGUGUAUUCACGGAUCUGAAGAACAUGGACAGCAGUUGGCUGGACAACCUGUCUUCCUCAGUCAGGUUGCCCUCCAUCCAGGCUAUUCCUUGUGCACCAUAGCGGACACCCCUGGAUGAGCAGGACUUGGUGGCUGCAGUGUGGAGCAGCUGGACUCCUGGAUGGCCCCACUGUGGAGUGGGGGUUGGGGCCCCCCUCUUCGGGUCGGUGGCUUCUCAGGGCCUGGCAGGCUCAUCUCGAAGGGACAAGCUCACCCUGCUUCCUGGGAAGAUGGGUUCUGAGACUGAUGCAUUGUGUGAAGGGCUUGGACGGGAGUACUCCUCUAGGUCCUCUCUCUGAGUCCAGCUGCCUGGAGAGGGUCUUGCUGUCACUAAACUGGCCCGAGGGGAAACAGACAAGUGACCUCAGAAUAGUACCUACCCCCGGGGCUGGCUCUGCA